AUGUAUAAUUAUAUUAAAAAUUUUAUUUUUAAACUAUUUAUUUAUUUUAAUAUUAUAAUAAUUUAUUUAUACAACUCAUCGGCAUUAAAUGAAAAUUGUUAUAUGGAUGGAAUUCAAUAUAAUCUUCAAUAUAGUUUACCAUCAAAUAAAAGUAUUAAAGGAAAACCAUUUUCAUGUAAAUUACUUCCAUACUUAAAAGAAUUAAAAUUACUUGAUAAGAAUGAUUUUUUUGAUUUAACAAAAGAAAAUGUUUCACAACCUAAAGUUGUUACAGGUUUUUCAGAUAAUCAUUUAAAAGAAGCUGCACUUUUAUUAAAAUCAUUUAAAAAAUAUUUUCCAAAUGAUAAAAUAAUUGUUUAUGAUUUGGGACUUUCUAAAAGAAAUGUUAAAAAAUUAAAAAAAUUUUGUUUUGUUGAAUAUAGAAAAUUUAAUUUUAAAAAAUAUCCAAAACAUGUAUCAAUUAUCAAAACAUAUGCAUUUAAAAUUUUAAUUGCAGCAGAAGUACUUAAAGAAUAUAAUUCAAUAUUUUGGGCUGAUGCAAGUGUAAGAUUUAAAAAAUCAAAUUUAUCUUAUGUAUAUGAUUUACUUAAUUGUAAUUUUGGUAAAAAAAAUAAUCAUAGAAUAAUUGAACAACAAAAAUUAGGAAAUGGUUAUAGAAAAAAUAUAUAUAAAAAUAUUUAUAGAAAUGAAAAAUGUUCUGAAUGUUAUUGGCAUUUUAAUUAUAAAGGUUUUGAUAAAAAUUUAUAUAAAUUUAAUGUUAAUCAUUGUUAUAAAUUUUCAAUAUUAUUACAUGUUCCAACAUUUCAUGGAAUUUUACCAACUAUACAUAAAUAUGUAUAUAAUUAUUUUCCAACUGAUGAAGAAAGAUAUACAAAUCGUAGUAUAUCAAGACAAUAUGAUGCAGCAUUUUCAUUAAUGGUUAAAACAGAAGAUGCCGUUGAAAAUGUAUUAAAAUGGGCUGUAUUAUGUGCUUUAGAUAAAAAUUGUAUACAACCAAUUGAAUGGUAUAAUUGUGGUGGUCAUUUUACUAAAGAAAAUAUAUUUUCUAAAGAACAUAUUUGUUAUAGAUUUGAUCAAUCUAUUUUAAGCCUUCUUUUGCAUAAUGCAAAUAAUUAUGAUAAUAGAAAUUAUGUCAGUGAAAUAUAUAAUUUUGCUUUUCUUGGAAGAAAAAAUAAAAUUAGUAUAGAUAAAAUAAAAUUAUCUUGUAAAAAGAAACGUACUUAA